GCUUCCCCUUUUUUUCCCCUCACACCGAGGUGGGGCUGGGACCUCUGGACUCAGCUUCUCACCUCGCGGGGUGCACCUUUUUCGGCUCCGGCAGCCGAUGCGCAUCGGAGCCGCUCUCUGCAGAGCCAGAGGGCGGGCGGGCUUCUCGGUGUGCGCCUAAGAGGAUGGAUCGCAGGUCCCGGGCUCAGCAGUGGCGCCGAGCUCGCCAUAACUACAACGACCUGUGCCCACCGAUCGGCCGCCGGGCAGCCACCGCGCUCCUCUGGCUCUCCUGCUCCAUCGCGCUCCUCCGCGCCCUUGCCACCUCCAACGCCCGCGCCCAGCAGCGCGCGGCUGCCCAGCAGCGCCGGAGCUUCCUUAACGCCCACCACCGCUCCGGUGCCCAGGCGUUCCCCGAGCCCCCCGAAUCUGACGAGCACGAGGCAGACCUCGAGCUGUCCCUCCCCGAGUGCCUAGAGUACGAGGAAGAGUUUGACUACGAGUCCGAGACCGAGACCGAGACCGAGUCCGAAAUCGAAUCCGAGACCGACUUCGAGACCGAGCCUGAGACAGCCCCCGCCACUGAGCCCGAGACCGAGCCCGAGACCGAGCCCGAGGACGAGCGCGGCCCCGCGGUGCCCAAGCACACUGCCUUCGGCCAGUCUCUCACCGAGCGUCUGCACGCUCUGAGAUUGCGGAGCCCCGACGCCUCCCCGAGUCGCGCGCAGCCCAGCACUCAGGAGCCCCAGGCCCCCAGACAGGGGGAGGAGCCCCAGCCCCAGCCAGAAGACAAGGAUCCGAGGGACCCCGAGGAGCCCGAAGAGCCAAAGAAGGAGGAGAAGAAGCAGCAGCGCCGCUGCAAGCCGAAGAAGCCCACCCGCCGCGACCGAUCCCCGGAGUCCCCUUCCAAAAGGGGACCCAUCCCCAUCCGGCGUCACUAAUGGAGGACGCCGUCCAGAUUCUCCUUGUUUUCUUUGAUUCAGGUGCUGGAGAAUCUGGUAAGAGCACCAUUGUCAAGCAAAUGAGGAUCCUGCAUGUUAAUGGGUUUAAUGGAGAGGGCGGCGAAGAGGACCCGCAGGCUGCCAGGAGCAACAGCGAUGGAAUGUAUUACCCCUAGAUGGUGGCUACAGUCUCUCCUCUUCCCGGCUCUGUGCUAUCCCACUUUGCAUGCUGGAAUUGCCUGGUCUUAGAAACUUCUAAUAAGAAUACUAUUCUGUUGUGGGGGGAGGGGGGGGGGCCCUAUCACCUAACCUCUAAAGAUAACUGAAAACAAAAACACAAAAACCCACAAAAAAAAACCACCAAAAAAUGGAAUGCAAUCCUUAAUUGGCAAAAAUGUAGUAUAACAGUAGUCAAAAAAAAAAAAGGCAUCUACGUAAACAUGACUGACAGUUUACUGUACCAAAAGUUGGCAUCUCAGAGCUACGACAAGCCCGUACUGAACCUCCCCGACUGUGUACUAGAUGCUGUGCUAGACCCCUGAACCCUACUAACACCUGCCUGCACUUCUACCUGUGACUCUGUUCUGCAAGUAAAUAUGAGUAUUAACAUACGUGGUAAAUAAAAAUUCUCUGCAUGUCUCAGCAA